AUGGGGAACUACUCUACGAUACAUAAUGAAACCCCCUACACAUUUCACUACUGUAGCAAGGGGAGAGAGGAUGUGCGUACAGUGCGUGGCAACAGCACAGGACAGUACCUGUAUGCAUCACUACCAUUUUCCUUUAGAUAUGGAGAUCACUCAGAAAGUGACCUCACUGGUGCAGGUCGUGGCGCUUCGUACACAAUAAGAGAGAGUAAAGACCACAAAGAAUUUGAACUGGUCAACAACAUGUCUGGUAGUGUUGUUGACCGUUGUCCUAACUUUGGCAGAAUUGAUGAAGAGAAACGAGAACAUGAGAAACGCCAACAAGAGGAACGACGCAGGAAAGAAGAAGAAGAGAAAAGGCGUCAGGCAGAGCUUGAGCGACAGAGAAAGAUCCAAGAGCAGAUGGAGAAUGAAACAUUAAGAAAAAAGCUCUCUGAAGCACACAACAGGCUUCAGGAGGAGGAAAACCUCAAAACCUGGGAGCACCGUCAGCAGCACUCUCACGUUCUACACCAGCUCUUGGAAGAUGAAGCACAUCACAUAGAGAGAGAUGAGGUCGCUGAUGUUAAUGAGAAGUUUGAAAAACUUCUAUCAAAGUAUGACAUCAGAGAGGAUGAACAUUUACAGAUCCAGCUGGAAGACAGGAUGAAGACUCUCCAAAAUAAGCUGACAUUACAAUAUUUUAAUGAGCACCCCCACUUCGUCCCCACUUCAUUACUGUGGGCUUUGGAUCAGACUACUGGAUAUGUGCUGCUGUCUUUGACUGAGAGGUUCAACAUCCUGGAGGCAGUGCUGAAGGUGACCUUAGAGGGUGACCCUGAUUUUGAAGAUCUCCUCCAAAAUGGACAAGACAAGAAGACAGAGUUCCUCCUCAGUUUGCAGGAACAGCUACAUGUCGCUGAUGUUAAUGAGAACUUUGAAAAACUUCUAUCAAAGUAUGACAUCAGAGAGGAUGAAGAUUUACAGAUCCAGCUGGAAGACAGGAUGAAGGCUCUCCAAAAUAAGCUGACAUUACAAUAUUUUAAUGAGUACCCCCACUUCUUCCGCACUUUAUUAUUGUCGGCUUUGGAUCAGACUACUGGAUAUGUGCUGCUGUCUCUGACUGAGAGGUUCAACAUCCUGGAGGCAGUGCUGAAGGUGACCUUAGAGGGUGACCCUGAUUUUGAAGAUCUCCUCCAAAAUGGACAAGACAAGAAGACAGAGUUCCUCCUCAGUUUGCAGGAACAGCUACAUGCUGACAACCCAACACUGGCCCAACAGGUGUUAGCAAAUGUUCUGGAUCUGUCCUCAAAGCUACCCCUAUCAGGUAGGGAGAUCGUCAGUCAAAUAGUCUUCAACAACCUCUGGGCACCAAAAGACAUCAAGCGUUUCCUUGGAAAGACCUUAAGCAUGGAUCAGGAAACAGUCACAAAAAUCCUCCACAAAGCGUGCACGUACGGGCUGAGCUGUGACGACGCUCUCUCUGCCCUGAAUGAAGACGAUCCUGCAGAGUACAUCCAAUAUUGUGUAGACAAAGCUGAGCGAGACAAAGAUGCUUACACACUUUUGGCUGAAAUGGAAAGCAAAAACUUUCCAGAGUGUGUCCCGUCACUCCUGCCAGAAGUCCUGACAUAUAUUGAAGAAGAGCUACCCAAAUAUGGAAGUGUGCCCAUCAACAGGGAGAUGAUUGAAGACUGUAAAAAGAUAAUAACUGCUCUCGAUUUUAACAAUCCUAAGAUUGAUGCUCUGAAGAAAGUCCUGAUCAUCGUAUCCAGAGCUGUAAAGGAAUGCACCGCCUUUACCACUCAAAGCGGUGAACAUGUUCAGGGCUACUUCCCAAGACCCAGUCAGCUGGCAUCACUGCUGCUACUCCUGCUGCCACAGUCUGGGGAUAAGAAAGAUGAGCUGAAGACAAACAUGCAUGUUCCAGAAAGGCAAGCCAAUGAGAUCACCAUGUACACAAUCAGCGAGAAGCACAACAUCGAGAAACAAAACUUUAGCCCGGGAAACAUUAUCAUUGCUACAAACCUCGGCGGCCGAGGGACAGACAUACACGUUCAGCAGGACGUAAACGAGAGUGGAGGCCUCUUUGUGCUCCUCACAUACUUUCCUAGAAGUCACCGUGUGGAGCGACAGGUCUUUGGACGCACCGCCCGAAAAGGAAACCCAGGGAUGGUCCAGAUGGUUCUCAACCAGAGCCAUCUUGCACCAGCCUACCAAGGCCAUUCAAUCGAAACCAUGAGACAGCUCAGAGAGGAGUAUGAGCUCAGACAUUUAGACAGCAUGGAGAAACAUGAACUCUGUGAAAUUGACAUGAAGGAAACUCUGUUCUCCAGUUUCUGUCAGUUUCUCUGUAACUUUGACAAGAAUUACACGGUAGAAGAAAGGAGUGACCUGUCCAAGAUGAAGCUGAAGGAUGUUCCUGAAUAUUUUAAGAUCCAUCAGAACAAGUUCGACUAUCAGACUGCACUGGAUGCUUUGAAAGAAUCAUAA